AGAAGGGAAGUCAGAAGUCAAGAGGUUCACUUGGACGCUGUCGUGAGCUGGCGGUUCAUCAGGCGCUCGAGUAAGAAGAGCAGAACACAACUACUCAGGUAGAAAUAUGGCUUCAAAGGAAGGAAAGGCUGGACCAGGAGAUGAGAAGAGUAAAAAUGGAACCGAAGGACCAAAGAAGGAGACAAGACUGGGGUUAGAAGUAUCCAAGUCGUCAAAUUUUUCUGAAUGGUAUUCUCAGGUUCUUACCAAAGGAGAGAUGAUUGAAUAUUAUGAUGUUUCUGGUUGCUAUAUUCUUCGUCCAUGGGCCUACGCCAUCUGGGAAGAAAUGCAGAGAUUCUUAGAUAAAGAGAUCAAGAAGACGGGUGCAAAGAACUGUUAUUUCCCCAUGUUUGUGAGCCAGAGUGCUUUAGAAAAGGAAAAGGCUCAUAUUGAAGACUUUGCACCAGAGGUUGCUUGGGUGACACACUCAGGUCAAAGCAAAAUGGCAGAACCUAUUGCUAUAAGGCCAACUUCAGAAACUAUUAUGUACCCUGCAUAUGCCAAAUGGAUCAAGUCCCACAGAGACCUGCCUAUAAAACUGAACCAGUGGAAUAAUGUUGUGAGAUGGGAGUUUAAGCACCCACAGCCCUUCAUCAGGAACCGAGAAUUUUUGUGGCAAGAAGGACAUUCCGCGUUUGCCACAAAAGCAGAAGCAGAAGAGGAAGUCUUGAAGAUCUUAGACAUCUAUGCAAAGGUGUACGAAGACCUCUUAGCCAUUCCUGUGGUCAAAGGACGUAAAACAGAAAAGGAAAAAUUUGCCGGAGGUGAUUACACGACAACAGUUGAAGCAUUUGUGCCUGCUAGUGGAAGAGGCAUUCAGGGUGCCACAUCACAUCAUUUGGGCCGGAAUUUCUCCAAGAUGUUUGAGAUUACUUUUGAAGAUGCCAAAACCCUAGAGAAGUCGUACGUUUACCAGAACUCGUGGGGGCUGUCUACACGGCCCAUUGGUGCGAUGGUGAUGAUACAUGGAGAUGAGAAGGGCCUGGUUCUGCCCCCAAGAGUCGCUGAUGUACAGGUGGUGAUUGUUCCUUGUGGAAUUAAUGCCAAGAUGACUGACGAACAGAAGAGUUCCUUAUUUGAGGGAUGCAGCACCAUAGAGAACAACCUAAAGGAGUCAUCAGUACGAGCAGAAUGUGAUCUGCGAGAUAAUUAUAGUCCUGGAUGGAAGUUUAAUCACUGGGAACUGAAAGGAGUUCCCCUGCGAGUGGACGUUGGACCUCGCGACCUGGCCAAGAAGGAAGUUGUGGCUGUGCGGAGGGACACAGGAGAGAAGCUUACUCUACCUCUUGCUGACUUAGCUGACAAAAUCAAGGUCUUAUUGGAUGAAAUUCAUGCCAGUCUUUUGUCCAAGGCAAAAGAAGAAUUGGAGUUGCACAAGAAAUUGGUAAACAGCUGGGAGGAAUUCACAAGUGCUCUUGAUGAGAAAAACAUAAUGCUGGCCCCAUUUUGUGGAGCUGAAGCUUGUGAGGACAUCAUAAAGAAAGAAUCAGCGCAAGAAGAAGUGGCUGGAGGCAAGGGUCCAAGUAUGGGGGCCAAGAGUCUGUGCAUUCCUUUUGAGCAGCCAGCUGAUGCCACAGGCAAAAUUUGCAUCCAUCCAAAGUGCGGGCAACCUGCAAAGUUCUACACACUUUUUGGGAGAAGUUACUGAGGAAAGAUAGGAUUGCAAGCUACAAAUCAAAAGAAAAUAAACUAAAAUAUAUAUAUAUAUAUUUAUAUGUAUAUAUAUAUAUUAGUAUUAGACUUAACUAUUUAUAGUGCCUUAUUCAUGCCACUUUUUCUGGCUGGUUUAUACAGUUGUUCUCAUAGAUUGCUGCUGAUUUGGAUGAAAGAACUUACUUUUGGUCACAAAAUGUGGAGAGAUAUUUUCAUCUUAAAUCUUUAAGUUUUGUCUUGAAUUAAAGUUCAUCAUCUUCAGAUUAUUUCUAUAAUUAUGAUUAUUAUUAUUUUCAAAAAGUUAUUUUGAACAGUUAAGCACUCUUGACUGGCUGCAUUUCUCUGGAUGCCCAAGGACUUGACAAUUUGGAGGCAGCCCUUGUUGAAUUCCUUUUCUUCUCUGCUCAUGUCUGUGUCAACUCCCUUGAUCCCUAGGGAUCAAGGGAGCUCGAAAGCUAUGCUACUUGGCAGAUUCCACAGAGCAAAGCUGCAACAUGUCUGAUCUAUACCUGUGCUCAAAAACAAAGAAAAGGAAAAAAAACACAUAUUCAUUCAUUUACACUGAUAUUUAUAUAUUAAUGUUAACACAGUGUCUCUCCACACUGACAGCUUCACAAGUGUUCAGCCACCAAGGAGUCAUUUAGUAGUCUUACCAAAGCUAUCAGUAUUGGACUAAGCACUUCUGGAGCCAUCUUUGUGUAAAGCAAUCAAUAAAAUAAACUCAGAUUAGGUAUGCUAUUUCGAGCAGCAUUGGGUUAGUGUUACUUAAUUGGAUUUUAGUAUUAGUUUUACUGGUAUGGUUAUUUAUAGUAAAUUAAUUAGUAAGGGAAGAAAUCUGGAAGAGUGUAUUUUUUGUGGCUUUUAACUUCUGGGCCAUUGUGUUCGCAUUCUGGAGAUUGUGGCAGGAGUUUUCAGACUUACUUUUCUGUCCUUCAUCUCUUUCUUUAUCCUUUUUUUUUUAUUCUCUCUUCCCUUUUCUUCAACUUUUUUUUUUUCUUUUUUACUUCUACUUCUUCCUUUAAUUACUAACCCAAAGCUGCACAUCAUCAUAAAUGCCAGGGUUUCAUUUCAUUUACUUUCAUUGAAUAUAUAUUUUAAAUGCUUUAGAUAUAGGAAAGGUCAUAAUACAUUGGCAGCUCAUGAUAGAUAAGAAUAUGUAAGAUAUGAGCAAUGACUUUAUAAUAAUUCUCAUCAUCAUGUUUCAUAUAAAUUAAUAUUUCAUAUUAAAUACUGUUAUGUAACUUAUAUGUAUGUAAAAUGCCACAUCUACUAUUUUUUUAUGCUAAUUUGUUAAGUGUAUGUAUCAUUUGAUAAGGUUUUAAUGUUAUGGCCAGUUUGAUUAUGAAGUUCCUUUAUAUUAGUAUGUCACAUCUGCUAUUUUUUUAUGCUAAUUUGUUAAGUGAAUGUAACAUUUGAUAAGGUAUUAAUGUUAUGACCAGUUUGAUUAUGAAGUUCCUUUAUAUGAGUAGAAAAGAUUAUUUUAUUAAAUAAAGUCUAGAAAU